CACGAUGUUUGAAGAGAUUCCAGCGCCUCGGUUGUAAACCAGAGUUAACUGUUUAUGUUUCGGUGCUGUUUUUGCCGGGCUUUACUGAAAGAUAACAUUAUUGUUAAUCUCGUGGUCCAACGGAGAAGUUUUAUCACUAAGCGCUGAAGAUGCUUCCUGCAACAGCAAAGUGGUACGAUAGAAGAGACUCUGUUUUUGUAGAGUUCUGCGUGGAAGACAGUGAAGAUGUCAAAGUAAAUUUUGACAAAUCAAAAAUGGAAUUUAGCUGUGUCAGUGGGACAGAUAAUGUCAAACUUCACAAUACAGUGGACCUUUUUGGGGAAAUUGACCCCAAAGACUCCAAGCACAGACGCACUGACAGAUCUGUCUUGUGUUGUUUACGAAAAGCAGAGCCUGGGAAGUCAUGGCCACGACUUACUAAAGACAAAGCAAAGUGUAACUGGCUGAGUGUUGAUUUCAAUAACUGGAAAGACUGGGAGGACGAUUCAGAAGAAGACUUGUCAAGUUUCGACAAAUUCUCAGAGAUGAUGAACAGCAUGGGUGGGGAUGAUCUACCUGAUUUAGACGGUGCAGAUGAAGAGCAUGAUUCUGCAGAUAGUGACGAUGAAAAAAUGCCAGACCUUGAGUAGACCAGUAUGGCUGCCACCUCACUAGUUAACAAAUGUUGUGAAUCUGGUACAAACAAGACCAGAUGAGUUGGUGGCCUGUUGAAGAAUCAUCCAUCAUCUCUACUCAGUUUCCAAAGUGACAUCCCUCGAUGAAGUGACUGUUGGAUACCGAUGUGCACAGACUUCCAUAGCGUCAUACUGUACUGUGCUUUGCUGGUUUUGUUUUGUUUGUUUUUUCUGCAUGAACAKUUCUGUUCAAAUAAAAAAUAUUAUUCCUUGACUUAAACGAAUGGGAUGUGCUGAUGUCUUACACCUUCUUUCCCUUUUUUCAAUGUCAGUUUAUGUAAAACACAAUUUCUAAUGAAAAAACAAACCAGAAGGCCUAUUUUACAAAAAGAUGUUUUCAUGAUAGAUUUUUUCCCCCUUUAAUGUUUGUAUUGUAAAUUGCACUAAUGUUUAAUUUAAAUGGCAAGAGUUCUGCUUUAUAUUGGUAUUCCAGUGUGUUCUGACAUCUUCAGAUAUUUAACAGCAAUUUCAUUUUUAAAAACCUGUUACAGCAUUUAAAAUAAACAGCAAUGCUUGUUCUACUUAAAA